AAACGAAAAGAAGAAAAAGAAAACCAAUUGCUCUGCUUCUUGUAAACGCCAUUCCCUCUUCUUUUUCCCUUCCUUUGCUCUACUGCACAAACUACUUGACCCAUUUUCUACUCACGACCCGUUUCUGCGGCCGGGUAUGGAGCGAAAGCAGGGUUUUUUCUCGGCUCUGAAAGAUGAAAUGGUCAGGGGCCUGUCGCCGGGUCGUUCGAGGAAGACCCGGAGCCACUCUCCUUCGGGUUCGGGUCUUCUCCGUCGCCGGAGAGGCUCUAGUUUGGGCCCACCCGAAAUGUUCGUAGCGAGAUCGGGUCGGGUUGAGGCACUCUCUCCUUUAAGGGAGGGUCCGGAUCCGAACGGGUCGGGUCCCGGCGAUUCGAGGAGUGACAAGUGGGCCAACUGGCUUUGCCGUGCCCCUUCUGUUUCGACCGUCGGUCAGCCCGGCCCGGCUUAUUCCCGGUCCGAUCUGAGGCUGCUCCUCGGCGUCCUCGGUGCGCCGCUCGCCCCCGUGCACGUUAGCAACAACGAACCCUUGCCCCACCUCAGCGUCAAAGACACCCCCAUUGAAUCUUCUUCAGCACAGUACAUACUGCAGCAAUACUUGGCAGCAUCCGGCGGGCAUAAGCUUCAAAGCUCGAUCCAAAACGCGUACGCGAUGGGGAAGGUUAAAAUGCUGGCAUCCGAUAUAGAGACGGCAACUAAGGUCAUAAAGAGCCGUAAUUCGGCAAAAGAUCCCGAGUUGGGCGGGUUUGUGCUGUGGCAAAUGAAUCCCGAUAUGUGGUAUGUUGAGCUCGCACUUGGCGGCAGCAAAGUUCAUGCCGGUUGCAACGGGAAGCUCGUGUGGCGGCACACUCCUUGGCUUGGUGCUCAUGCCGCCAAAGGCCCCGUUAGACCCCUCCGCCGUGCCCUUCAGGGUCUCGAUCCGAGAACAACGGCAAACAUGUUCGCCCACGCAAGGUGCACGGGAGAGAAGAAAAUCAACGGUGAGGAUUGCUUCAUCCUAAAAAUCUCAACCGAUCCCCGCACACUCAAAGCCCGAAGCGAGGGGCCCGCGGAGAUCAUACGCCACGUCCUCUUCGGAUACUUCAGUCAGAAAACGGGGCUCCUUGUCCAUUUAGAGGAUUCCCAUUUGACCCGGAUCCAAUCCAACGAAGGAGACACCGUUUAUUGGGAGACCACAAUCAAUUCUUUUCUCGACGAUUAUCGACCCGUCGAAGGGAUCCAGAUCGCCCACUCGGGUCGAUCCGUCGUGACCCUUUUUAGGUUCGGUGAAACUUCAAUGAGCCAUACCAAGACUCGAAUGGAAGAAGUGUGGAAUAUCGAGGAAGUGGCGUUUAAUGUACCGGGUUUAUCGAUCGAUUGUUUCAUUCCGCCUGCGGAGUUGAGGUUGGGUUCGAUUAAUGAAGCGUCGGAGCUUCCUCAAGAAGGUGGUAGGGUGAAGAAUAACGCCGCAGCUCAUAGAGCCAAAGUUGCCGCCGCUUUGGGAAAAUCCCGUGAAAAUAACAUUGCGGUGAAAAUGAAUUUAUAAGGGAAACAAAUUGCAAGAAAUUGGUUAGCCUAGUGAAGUAUAGUCACUAACUUGAGGUAAGUAGUAACUUAUUUCCGACUCGAGAAUAUUUUUUUCCGGCAAUUGAUGCUAGUCUCUGUAUAUAUCACAAGUAAGUCGUAACGAGUCUUUACGUCUAUCAGUCUCGAGUUCUAAUAUGUAAUCGGUUUUUUUUCUCUCUCUAAAAUUGUAUUUGUUAAUGAUAUGAUAAGAUCGAGACAUGUUCGAAUUGAUUGCGUUUUCUUGA